AAUAUUUUCAUUUCUUCAACCGUCCAUUAGCAAUCUUCACGGCAAUCAUCUACACGCGCAACAAAGAUGCCACGCUACUUGCUGCUCACAUGUGUCAUGGAGAAACACGUGUGAGAGAAUCUAUCCACUGCUCAACUCAGCCCGUGGUAAAAUCUAGCCAAUAUGCUCAUCCAGCAGGCAACGCAUGCGUUUUGAAGGUGAAUUGUCGUUCAAUUUCUUUUAAUGUCCAUUUAUUUACACAUGAUCGAGUUUCCAUUUGAUUAGGUGGCGUACGAUACUCCAGCCGACUAUGAUGAUUGAUAAGCAGGCACUCAGAAACUGUACACCUGGUGUACAUUAAAUCAAGUGAUACUGUCCAAGAUAGGUCAUCAUCCCAGCUAUCAUAUUGUUUUAAUGGUAUUAACCUCUGGUUUAUGGGCAUUUGUUGCUGAAUCCAGGCCGUUGGGUAUUUCUUUCUUUUUCUUCUUCUUCAUUUUUUUAAAAUUUUUUUUUAAAAGUCUCAACCUCUGGUUCAUGGGCACAGCUUACAAUUCAUAUAAAGUGAUGACCUAGAUCUUGACAGUUUAAGUUGAGUUACUCUCAUGCAAUAGGUACAGUUUCUCAGUGCCCAUGUCCCACUGCAGCAUGAAGUUCUUCUCCAUUUAAUCAGAUGAGAUCACGAGAAAAAAAAGGUAGGAAAUGUCUUUAUUACAGGAAGUCUCCCUUCUUGCUCUGUCUUAGUCAUUUCGUGGUCCAGUGGACAUUCUUUAGUCAAUUGGAAGCCAACAGCUAGUAAGAUGGCCAAAUUAAUGGAGUUACGGAAGAGUAAUUAGAGUAGAGUUCAUAAGGUCAAGUAAGAAAAGAUGCUAAUAACAGCUACUAAAUAAUUCAUGAGGUCAAGUAAGAAAAGAUGCUACUAACAGCUACUAAAUAAACGACUGAAGUAAGAGUUCAAUAGGUCAAGUAAGAAAAGGAUAAUACCAUCAGCUACUAAAUAAACGGGUGAGCACGUGGAAUUGUUCUAACACAGAAAUAACAAGGGUUAAAAAAAAGAUAUUGUAGGAGGUGACUCUUGUAAUAAAAGUAAAAACACAUCUAUAUAUUAAAGGAUUCUGGGAUUUUAAGUUCUAUAGCUACAGUACACCUAUGCCUGGAAUGAUGAAAAGGUCCGUGCCAAAAUCUCCAUCUCAUACACUGCUUGCCUUUUGCUUUUGGUGCAUACACCUCUUGUGUUUGGUGGAGAGAUGCAAAGCUAAAGAUGCAGCUAAUGCAACAACAGACCCAGAUGAAGAGAGGGCUCUUAAUGCCAUUUUCCAAUAUUGGGGUCUUUCUGAUACUUCUGAUGACUGGAACAUAAGUGGAGACCCAUGUAGUGGGACUGCCGUUGAUCUAUCAAUUAGAGUCAGCAACCCUGGGAUCAAAUGUGAUUGCCAAUCCAACGGUGGAGGCACCUGCCACAUAACCGUAAUGAGUGUGCAAGACUACCCGACAGAGAGACGGCGGGUAAUUCCGGAAGAGCUCCUGAACCUGACAUACCUUACAAAUUUGACUCUAUCAGAAAUGGGCAUGGAGGGCUUCUUGCCAUCAUUUAUCGGUAAAUUUAGGCACCUGCGCCACCUGGAUAUAAGCAGCAAUAACUUCAAUGGUUCGCUCCCACCUGAGAUAGGGACUUUGCCAAGUCUGGAGCACUUGGAUAUAAGGUACAAUGGCUUCAACGGUUUGCUCCCACCUGAGCUGGGGAAUUUGUCAAGUCUGCAAGAACUGUGGGCAUCUGGUAGCCAGUUGACAAAGAUACCUAAUUUCAUUGGGAAUUGGACUCUUACGGAUUUGGAUGUGUCAAAUAAUUCCAUAACGGGUCCCUUACCAGCAUUCAUCGGCAACAUAACCAGCAUGCUCUCCUUGGAUGUCUCAGAAAAUAACAUGACGGGUCCCUUGCCAGCAUCUAUCGGCAAUUUAAAGAACUUGAGCUUCCUGGAUAUAAGCUCAAACAACUUCUCUGAUUCACUCCCACCUGAGCUGGGGAAUUUGACGAGUCUGGAAGAACUGUAUUUGUCACAAAAUUACAUAACGGGUCCCUUGCCAGCUUCUAUCGGCAAUUUAAUGAACUUGCGUUACCUGUAAGUAUCGAAACUUCUCCCACAACAAAACAUCUGCUGUUGCUAUUACUUAUCACUCGUUAACUGUCCACGUGGCAUGGUUGUAGGAGAAUCCAGACCAUCCAAAUUUCUGAAACAUUCAUGGAUGAAGCACGUACACAAGGGAAAAAGAAAAUUAAAUCAAGAGUUUAAUAGGAUCCAUCUGACUUUUCCAUUUGAAUGUGGAGCACUCGUUAAUUUGCUUUUACCCUUUCAUCCGAUGGCCAUCACUUGGAUGACUAGGAGUACUUUAUCAGCUGAAUUUUAGUUAUAUACUCCAUCCACAGUUUUCUUACAAUUUGGAUGGUCUGGAUAGCUCCACGUGAGUACCAUGUGGUAUGCAAAAGAGUCAUCACCACUUCCAAUGUGGCAGUUAACUCUUACAGUGGUUUGUAUCUGGUGCAACUAGUUGUAUCUUAUAAAGCAUUACAUCUGAAGUCGGUGAGAGGUAAUUUUACAACCGUUGAACUUGGAAAACUGACCAGUUUUUAUCUAACCGUCCAUUGGUGGCCUCCAGUUGGAUGGUUAGGAUUAUCUGAUCAGCAUUUGGAUUGUCACAACUGAUCUCAAGGGCACGACAAAUGAAGAAUACAAAUCUCAUCCGUCUAUA